AUGAUUAUUCCUAUUAGUUUGAGUGCCUUUAUUUUUUGGGAAUCUUAUGCUCAAAUCGUCACUCUAGAUGUAGGGAAAGUGAAAGGAUUUGCGUAUAAAACUGCAGAAGGCGAUAUUGCCGGAAUUUUCCUCAACAUACCGUACUCCGAACCUACACUGGAAAAUCUCAGAUUCCGAAAGCCUAGAAUUCCAAAAGAUUGGACCGAAAUACGUGAUGGCACAAAAUUUGGCCCGGUUUGCCACCCGAUCGUAAGAGAAGCUGUGCCUUUCGGGGCGCAGGCCAGCGAGGAAUGUCUCACACUCAAUAUUGUUCGACCGAAGAAAAAGCCCCCAUUGUCUGGUUAUCCUAUUCUUUUCUGGAUUCAUGGUGGAGGUUUUAACAUCGGAUCAGCACUUGAUGCCGGAUAUAAAAGUUUUGCCGACAUCUACGUGCCGUUUGUCUACGGUAACGCGGCGUACAUUGGAGGGGAUCAGUCGCGUAUUACCGUAUGGGGUCAUAGUGCUGGUGCUGGAGCUGCUGGUCAGCUAAUUCUCAGUCUAAUUACAAGAGAUAUGGUAAAUCAAUCAAUCGAAAUGUCCGGUUCAGCAUGGGCAUCUUGGGCUCUCGGCGCUAAUGUUGUGAAGAACUCGAUGGAAUUGGUUAAGCUAUUUGAAUGUGACAGAAAUAUCAGAGGAUGCUUGAGAAAGAAGUCUCCUGAUGAAAUCCAUGACGCUGUUCAGAAACUGAAAUAUGUAGAAUUGGUCUAUACCGGGAACGAUGCACAAAGUAUCAUUGACGAUCUCGUGUCAUACUAUGUGGACAAAGGAGAAGAGAAAAAUUACGAGUUUUACAUAGACCGAUAUACGCAAUUUAUCAAUGACGCUAUUUUCAAUGUACCGAUUGUUGACGGAAUUCUGAGUCGUCGAAAAGCCGGUUGGACCAUUUACGCUUACUUCCUAGAUCAUUAUAAUGAUGCCAUCUGGAAUGACAGAGUGCCGAAAAGAUUGAGAGGUGCAGCACAUGCAAGUGAGUUUCCAUAUAUAAACGGAAUGCAUAUGCUGGGUGAUUUUGAAUUUGAUGAGAAUGAACAGAGAAUCGCUGAUAUUUCCCAACAAUCUAUAAUUGAGUUCGUCAAGAGUGGGAUUGUUGUAAACCAGCAUGAAAUUUGGCAUGAUACCGGAAAGGGAGCCAAGCUCGAAUACUUGAGGAUUGCUCCGCAUUCUGGAAUGAAGCAGGGCUUGAACAACGACAAAAAGAAAACGUCGAAAACCAUAAGAUCUACACAGCAAAUUGAUAUUCUUCAAAGACCAUCGACUUCUGGCACAAACACCAGCGGUCAAAAAGGCCCGUCUACGGUACACUUUUUUGGAAUCUGCGUCUUUUUCGUUGUUUAUUGUUUCCAAGUUGUUUAA